AUGACCACCAAUGGCAGCACACCCUCGAGCAUCAAAGUGGAUAAUGAACGUCCCAAAUCAAAAGACUCCAUUGCUACAACCACGUCCAACAACACUAUUUCCACAACAGCUGCUACAGUUUCCACAUCCGCAGUCACAGCCAGUUCUCAUAAUAGCAACGGCCGCAGUAACAGUAGCAGUAACAGUAGCACCAACAACAACAAAAGUAAUGGUCACUCAAAUUUAAAACACUCUCGAUCUACUAGCAUAUGGAUAUUUCCAGAAUCAGUGGUACUAAAUCAUACACCUAGUCGAAUACAAGCCAAAAUGACCCUUUCACAAGAACUUCGAGUCAAGGAAUCAAUACAUGAAUUUAUUAUACGACUAGGCACAAAACUCAAACUAGAUGGGCCCACACUACUCGCGACCACCGUCUACUUGCAUCGUUUCUAUAUGCGAUUGCCACUUUCAUCAUCGAAAUAUUUCGUUGCAUCAGCAGCAAUAGCCAUAUCAUGUAAAUUGAAUGACACGUAUCGUCAACCAGAUAAAGUCAGCUUGUAUGCGUGCAAUGUGAAGAACCCCAAUCCACCAGUGAUUAAAAAUAACAUCAAACAUGCACCGCCACCUAUCGAUGAACAAAGUGAAUACUUUUGGAAAUGGAGAGAUCAACUUUUGUACCGUGAAGAAUUGAUUCUUCGUACACUUUGCUUUGAUUUGAGUUUUACUUCACCAUACUUGCUUCAGUUUAAAAUUUUAAACAAGAUUCAUCUUGGGAUGGGUCAGCUAUUCUACAGCAAAAGAAAAGAUAUAUUGAAAAUGACAAUCGUAUUGAUUGAAUUGCUUUCAAGUUUACCAAUUGUGUUAUGCUACGAUAUGAAGGAAAUCUUCACCACUUGUUUUGUUAUCACUAUAGUUGAAGGGAAAUCGAAAUUGGAUAAAGAAUUGAAAAUACCGGAAAAUUUCAUGAGUCAAGUUAUUGGAGUCGAUGUGGAUGUGGCGCUACAUUGUUUUCGGUUUAUUAAAAAGUUAUUGUAUUGCUCACAAGAGGAUUCACGGUUUAUCAGUAAUAAAGGAGCAGCAAAAAGAUUGUUGCCGAUUAAAUCACAAUUAUUUGAGGAUGUUGCAAGGGGAAAAUAA